AUGGAGGGCACGUCAAUGUCAUACGGUGCUGUGUUGGCAGUAAGGGGAGUCGUGAAGGCUUUCUCAGCCGCUCGGGUGGUGAUGGAGCGCAGCCCACACAGCGUUCUUGCGGGUGAAGGGGCGACAACUUUCGCUGUUAGGAACGGCAUCGAGGCGGCAGAGACCCUUACCGAUGAUGCUAAACAGCAGUUUGAGGACUGGAGACGACAGCAUCUGGAGGAAGAAGGCUCGGACCACAGAGGAGAAUCACACGACACGGUCGGUGUCAUCUGCUUGGAUCACGACGGAAAUCUUUGUGCUGGAACGUCCACAUCGGGAUGGAAAUUCAAACACCCUGGUCGCGUGGGAGACGCCCCAGUUGUCGGUAGCGGGCUUUACUGUGACUCUUCAGUGGGUGCUGCGGUGGCGACGGGGGACGGAGAGGAAAUUCUUCGCACCUGCUUGAGUUUUGCGGUUGUGGAGUUCAUGCGUGGAGGCGACUCCCCGCAACUCGCCUGCAAAAAAGGCAUCGCCAGACUGGAGGAAACGGUCAAACGAUCGGCUGCCGGUCGCUCUGUAGAAGAGGUCAACCGGAUGCAUGACCGUUUGACCGUGGCCGUCAUGGCCAUGAACCCCAAAGGGGAUAUCGGUGCGGCGUCAACACUUGGGCCAAGAAAUGUGCAUCGCGGGCGUCCUUCGUUUCCGCUGGCAAUAUGGAGGAAAGGCGACCCUGUUCGUGUGGUGGAAGAAACGGAAAUACCCUAA